CAUAAUAAUAUUUUACUAUUUCCACAAUUCUGUACUGUUAUUUACUAUACCUACCUAUGUCUAUAUAGUUGUAGAUUAGGGUACUUUUUACCUACCAAUUUUAAAUGUUUUUAAUUUUAUGACUAUAAUUAUCGAGAACACAACAUCGCAAUAAUAAAUAUUACAACAUGCCAAUCGUGAAAAUUCCUAUUGAUGAUUUGAACAGUAGGAAUCGACCAUUAUUGUAGUCUGUGUUUAAACAUAUUAUUUGUUGAUCCUGUUAAUAUUUUUAUCGGUCACCAAAUUCUCAAAGUUUUCUAAGAAUAUAAUAAUAGUAAUUGUCAUGCUCAUAAUUUUUUUUCUACCGUAGUACCGUCUACUGUCAAACGUAACUUCCAUUAGGUAUCACGGGUCAACACAAAAUGAUCCAGAUUCCUGUUUUGGUGGGCGUGUUAUCGUUGAUCACCUUGUUAAAGGCUGAAUCAUAUGAAGAUGCUCGUUGCAAAUGUGUCUGUACUAUUGUGAAUGGUACAGAAAUGUACAAUAAAUUAUAUAUAGCUAAUGUUCUUCCCAGCAAUGAUUGUAACGGAGUGAGCUUACCAAUUAUUGGUGAAGUGAAUAAUACAAAAAAAGAAUUAUGCCCACGAUGUACUUGUACUUAUGAGAGUAGAAACACCACAACUAUGAAAGUGGUUGUAUUAAUUGUGCUGUUUGUGAUAUCAUGUUUGGUGAUGUACAUGUUAUUCCUGCUAUGUCUGGAGCCAAUGAUAAGAAGACGCAAGCUAGUUGGCGCAUACGUAGAGCACACCAACGAAGAGGUAUGUUCUUUAUUGGAGGCGACCAUAUCCGAUAGCAAUAGUUUUGACGAUGCCCCACCAGCAGUAUCUUUAAAUACAAGGAGAGGAAGCGAUCCAAUGGUUUCUGUAGCCAACAAUAGUAAUGUCCUCAACCGAUUUGGUCAUCAACAAGACAAAUGGAAGAAACAGGUGAAAGAACAAAGAAAAAAUAUUUAUGAUCGUCAUACUAUUCUCAAUUGAAUGUUUUAACAUCUUUAUUAUUUCCCCCGUUCAUUAUCUGUUAUAUUCAAUACUACUAUUAUUUUGUUUGAUAUUAUAUAAUUGAUUCCAUGAUCAUUUUAACUAUAUUAUUAUUUUGAUUAUCAAA